ACAUCUGUGCUGUGUCUGCUCUUUCUGAUCUCACUGCUGAGCUGCACAACAAACCAAGCUCGUCUGACUGUGAGUCCCAGCAGCUCUCAGUUCUUUGAAGGAGACUUUGUGUCUCUGAGCUGUGAGGAGGACGACAGCUCUGCUGGAUGGACUCUGAGGAGAAACACAAGCAAACCAAACAUCACCCAGUGUGGAGAUGGGUGGGGAAAACCAGCUGGUUCUUCCUGUAAAAUCAGGUACAUGUACCCAUUGGACAGUGGAGUUUACUGGUGUGAGUCCAGAGAGGGUCCCAUCAGUAACAUGGUUAACCUGACAGUCACUGGUGGAUCGGUGAUCCUGCAGAGUCCUGUCCUCCCUGUGAUGGAGGGAGAUGACGUCACUCUGCUCUGUAAAACAAAGACCACUCCCUCCAACCUCCCAGCUGCUUUCUAUAAAGAUGGCUCCCUCAUCAGGAAGCAGCCUACAGGUCACAUGACCAUCCAGCAUGUUUCCAGGUCUGAUGAAGGCCUCUACAAGUGUGACAUCAGCGGUCAUGGAGAGUCUCCAUCCAGCUGGAUCACUGUCACAGACAAACACACCGCAACACCUCCACCUACAUCCACACCUCCACCUACAUCCACACCUCCACCUGGUUCCACCUCCAUCACUCUUCCUCCUGUUCUUUCUGUGUUGUUGGUGUCCUCUGUUGGAUUAGUCUGUUUUGUGGCUCUACUGGUUUUACUGGUUCUGCUGGUGAGAACAUGUGUUCACAGGAAACCUGAAGCAAAGAACUGUAAAGCCAAGGUACAGUGUUCCGAGUGCAACGAUGAGAAGCACUGUACGGCUCUCCACCCAGGACCAGCUCCCUGGCUAAAAGAAGCCGAACCGGCAGCAGAGCAUGGCGGGGAGCCUGACAUCAUUGAAUCAGAGGAAAUCACUUCUAAAUGCACUCAGCAGACCACCCACAUCAAGCAGUAA